AUGGAUGCCGUACUGAAGCUGGUUGAGAAGCAGCGAAAUGGCGAGACUAUUGAAUUCAGCCAGAUCAAACAGGUUGUGGAUUCGUAUGUCUCCCUCGGCCUGGAUGAGACCGACCCUACGAGAUCGACGCUUGAAAUUUACCGAUUCCACUUCGAGAAGCCGUUCCUCGAGGCGACCGCAAAGUAUUACCAGAACGAGUCAAAACACUUUGUGGCUGAGAACACGAUUGUGGAAUACAUGAAGAAGGCCGAGGAGCGGUUGGACGAGGAAGAGGAGCGCGUGCGCAUGUAUCUUCACGCCGACAUACUGGCAUCGCUGCGGAAGACUUGCGAGACGGCUCUCAUCACGGAUCACGCGUCUGUGCUUCGGGAUGAAUUCCAGGUUCUACUCGAGAAUGACCGCGAACAAGACAUGGCUAGGAUGUACGGUUUGCUUCUUCGGAUUCCCGAAGGCCUGGAUGCCCUCCGCCAAAAGUUCGAAACUCAUGUCCGUAAGGCCGGACUUGGUGCCAUCCAAAAGGUGGCCUCUGAGAACACUGAGAAGCUUGAGCCCAAGGUCUACGUCGACGCUCUAUUGGAGGUUCACACCCAGUACUCCGGCCUCGUGUCCCGUGCUUUCCGCGAGGAGGCCGAGUUCACGCGGUCUCUGGACAACGCUUGCAAAGAAGCGGGACCGGCAUCGAGGAGACGGAGCUGGAGAACACCUUGA